AUGUCAAGCAUAAAGGAGACGGAAAACGUGCAAACAGAGAGUUCAAGUGACAUUGAUGAAGAUGGAUUACUCGAUGCACUCGACAACGACGAAACGCUCGCGGGCUAUAGGGAACAGAGGCUUGAACAGCUGAAGCGAGAGGCUGAACACGUCCGUGACCUGCGCGAGAUCGAUCACGGAAAGUACACAGAAGUCGACGACGAGAAAGAGGUGAUCCGCAUCAGCGCGAUUGUCGGCUUCGAGCAGCUUGGCAACGUCGACGAUUUUCCAACUAGCGCGCUCGAGAUGCGACUUCGCGUCUCGGGAGCAAUCUCAAACUCGCCCUCUUCAUCCUCUAACCUCGCAGCCAGGCUCGGAAUAUCCUCGAGGGAGAAUGACGCCGAAAGCGACGACGAGGAGAGUCAAGGGCCAAAGAGGAAAAUUCGGAGCUCAAACAGGCAGAGCGACGACGAUUACGAUCUGUAG